AUGCCCAAGUACACGCCCAUCGACCCAAACGACAGUGCGCUCCUUGAGCACGUCUUCAAGGAAGCGGAGAAGCAGACUGGUCGCCCCUUGACUUUCCACGAGCGUGCUGCGAUCAUGCGUCAUGCCGUCAUUGAGACGCCCUCCGAGAAGUGGAUUCUAGCGCGUGACGAGAUGCGUAUCAGCCCCAAGGACUGGUUUCGCCACCAGCCUCUCGAUGCCAGAGAUCGCGCCCUCAUUAAUGCCUGCAAUCGAUUCCUUAAUAACCACUGGCUUUGGUAUCAGACCUUCUGGACCGUCGAGAAUGAUCAGGAAUGCCGUAGUAUGAUUCGUCAGGCUGGGAGUGACUUCAUCGGCUUCGAGAAUGGUCCUCCCACCACCCCUAAGCAGAAUUGGCACUCCAUGAAGCGUAUGUAUCGAUGUGACGCCAUGAUUCUCCGCGACUGCUAUGCCGGCACCGACACGAUGUUCAGCAACCCAACAUACGGAUCCCGUGUGUUUGAUGUCCUUCUCAUGAAAAUGUGCGAGGACUAUGAUCGUGUGUUGAUUAUCAGAAACAUCUCUCAAGAGUAUCACAUUGCUAACAUUUGCGUGUUAGAUCCCUGGGUUGUAGUGGCUGUCAAGGACUCGGGCCCCUAUGUCCCAGCGAAUGGAUGCUAUUCACUCUGA